UUGAAUCCAGCAAUGAAAUUAAGAUAUCAAAUUUGACAACCAUGCUGCGAAUGUUAGCCUACUAUUGGUUGCCAGGUGACAAUGAUGAUCAAGAGCAUCCCAAUGCAUUUGAGGUUAUCCAUGGAGGACAUGGAGUAAAGCUGAAGGACAUCAAAGCUGCCUUUCCACUGCCCGGUCAGUACCAUUUUCGAUUCAAGAUGAAAUGGGAGUCUGGUGCUGUUUGGAUGGAUGUGACCAAUGAAGAUUCAAUGGUCCCCAUGUUUGAGGACAAGGUCAUUGCGAAGGUCUUACGAGUGAACUGGGGCAAGCUACAAAUGCCACGGCAACCUGCUUCGGAUGUACCAUCAGCAUCUCCAGACACCUCACCGAUGGCAUCCGGUGAUUCUGAAGAUCUGCUUUUUGGAGACAGCCCUGCUCCACCAAGUCAAGCGGCGAGGCCGUCGGGCAAGGACGAUUUCGACAUGCUUUUUGGCUAGCCUCAACUACUUUCGUGCGAGUCGAAAA